CGGAAGUGGUCAAAGAUGGCCGCCGUGAUGGCUUUCUCUGUGCUGCGGCAGCGGAUGAUGCGGUGGCCCCAAUGGUCCUGCGCGGGGCUGGCCCCGCUCCGCGUUGCCAGAAGGAGCGUCCUCGGGCUUUCUUUCCGCUCAGGGCUUCUGACCCCAUGCCGGUAUUGUAAAACUCCCUCCAGGGACUGUCUGGAGGCCAAACAGGUGUAGCAGUUCUACUGCUGAAGCAGCCACCGCUAAAGCAGAGGACGACUCGUUUCUCCAGUGGUUCCUGCUUCUUAUCCCUGCUACUGCUUUUGGCCUGGGGACCUGGCAGGUCCAGCGUCGGAAAUGGAAGCUCAAACUAAUUGCAGAAUUAGAGUCUCGAGUCAUGGCUGAACCCAUCCCUCUGCCUGCGGACCCAAUAGAACUGAAAAAUCUGGAGUACAGGCCAGUGAAGGUCAGGGGGCACUUUGAUCACUCCAAAGAACUGUACAUGAUGCCUCGGACCAUGGUGGACCCUGCCCGAGAGGCCCGUGAUGCUGGCCGAAUCUCCUCCUCAGUGGAAAGUGGGGCCUAUGUAGUUACUCCUUUCCACUGCUCGGACUUGGGAGUCACCAUCCUGGUUAACAGAGGGUUUGUCCCCAAGAAGAAAGUGAAUCCUGAGACCAGACAGAAAGGCCAGGUUCUUGGAGAAGUAGACCUAGUUGGCAUAGUGAGGCUGACAGAAACCAGGAAGCCCUUUGUCCCUGAGAACAGUCCAGAACAGAAUCACUGGCAUUAUCGGGAUCUAGAGGCUAUGGCCAAGAUAACUGGCGCAGACCCCAUUUUCAUCGAUGCAGAUUUCCAGAGUACAACCCCUGGAGGACCCAUUGGAGGGCAAACAAGAGUCACUCUUCGAAAUGAGCACAUGCAGUACAUCAUCACCUGGUAUGGACUGUGUGCAGCGACAUCAUACUUGUGGUUUCAAAAAUUUGUGAGGCGGACACCAGGUGUGUGAAGUUAAUGAACCUGUUCCUAACCAAGAGAUCUACACAUAAAAUAAAGAUUGUUAUUUUUAAAACCCUG